AUGGCUGGAGAAAUCAAAACUGUCAUGAUACUCGGUGGGCGUGGAAACCUCGGACCAUACCUCAUUGCUGCACUUCUUCAAGCUGGCUUUGAAGUCUCCAUCUUGAGCCGUUCGUCCAGCGUGACCGACGCGACAUUUCAAGGAGCUAAUGUGGUCAAAUCUGAUUACACUUUCCCGUCUUUGGUCAGUGUCUUCACCGGCCAAGACGCUGUUAUUUCCACUCUUUCAACAGCCAACGUCGCUGAACAGAUGGUUGUCAUCGAUGCUGUUGCGGCGGCAAAAGUCAAGCGUUUUAUGCCUAGCGAGUUUGGCAGCGAUACUUCGGUGCCUGGACUUGAAACCAUGGCACCUUUCCUCAAAGGAAAGCAGGAUGUUAUGGACUAUGUCAAGACUAAAGAGGUGGAAGGGCUCUCUUGGACUGCGCUUUACACUGGACCGUGGAUUGAUUGGAUGCUGAUUGAAGGUCGUGGGCUGUUGUGUCUCGACAUCAAGACCAAGACUGGCGAGCUUGUGGACUCUGGCGAACCGAAAUUCACCACUACAACCGUAUCUCAGGUUGGAAAAGCUACCGCCGCUGCACUGUCGCAAUCCCACAAGACCAAGAAUGAGUAUGUGCAGGUGGGAUCCUACAAUGCCACGCAGAAGCAAGUCAUUGAAGCACUUGAGAGGAUCUCCAAGACAAAGUUCGAGCUCAAACCGUUGGACAACAAAGAAUUGUAUGCUCGUGCGACUAAGCAUGUCGAAGAAGGCGAGUGGAACACUGGAUAUUACGAAUUGGCUUCUGCUACGGUGUACAGCGACAGUGAGGUCACGUAUUUUCCUGAAAAGGCAGCUCACUGGAAUGCCGUGCUUGGCUUGGAACAGGACGAGAGCUUUGAUGAGAUGAUCUCCCGUGUGUUGAAGACAGUAUGA